CUACGCGCCAUUUCUCAUUCCUUCUCAUUGGCCGCGCCUGUACCAUUCCAGUUGAAUCACGUUCUUCGACGUUCAACCUCGUGCCUUUAAUGCGAUCAAGAUUUUCGACGAAGCUCGUCGAUCGCCAUUCCCCGCCCUCUCUUGUUGACGUCCUGUCCUCACUCUCCGCACUCAGUGCACUCAUUCACCGAUCGUUUGCCGGCACGGUCUCGAAGGCUUGCAACUCCUUCGCACUAUAGCGGCAUAGUAUCUCCCUUUCUGUCCAUUCUCCUCACGCCCACCAUGGCGAUGUCUCCGUUCUUCUCCCGAGAUUCGAGUCUGUGGGCGAUGCCGGACUCCAUGCGGCAGAUGAUGUCGCUGGGCGACGAGAUGUUCCGCAUGCUGGACGAGCCCGGCCGCACGUUCGUGAGGGAAUCGCGUGCCAUGGCCAACACCGCGGUGGACGUGAAGGAGACGCCGACGGCGUACCAGUUCGUGGCGGACUUGCCGGGACUCAGUCGCGAGGAGGUGAAGGUGCAGCUGGAGAACGGCAACACGCUGGUCAUCAGCGGCGAGCGCCAUCGUGAGACGAAGACGGGAGAGGCUUCUGGCGACAAGUACCACCGCAUCGAACGCAGCACGGGCAAGUUCAUGCGCCGGUUCACACUGCCUGACAACGCGGAACUCGACAAAAUUGGCGCGCAGUGCAAAGAUGGCGUACUCACCGUGACGGUGCCCAAGAUGCCGCCGAAGGAACCAGAGCAGCCCAAAGUCGUCGACGUCCAGAUCAGCUAGACGAUGGAUGUCUGCUGUCACAGUGGCGGAUAACACUAAUACGAAGGUGUGAAAAUGUUGAUGGGGUGGGGAUGUCCACCGUUGUCGUCGGAAGGAACCGAGCUCCAGGGAAUAAUCGACAGUACUUUAUUACCGAUUUCAUGAGUCCACCGACCAUCUGCCAUUGCUCCCUGCGAUUUCGAGAGAGACACACACACACACACAUACGCAGACACACACACACACACACACACACACACACAGAGAGAGAGAGAGAGAGAGAGAGAGAGAGAGAGAGAGAGAGAGAGAGAGAGAGAGAAGUAAGGCGUCCAGUGCGCCGGGGGAUAUUGGAUCAAAUUGGAAAGGGGAACUUCUCUUGUGAUCAUUGUUUAGGGUGAGCAAAAGAGAAGGGAUGAGGAAUGAGGGGCAAAUGGGCCUAGGCCCGGGAAUAAGUCGCUCAUGUGGCAAGAUCCGAGGGAGGUAGUCGAAAAUUGGGCGUCGCUGCUCUCCUUCAAUCGUGCGCUGAUUAGAGGGCAGGGGCUGUGCGGCCUGUGCCACAGGACGUAAUUAGAAGCCGAUUCG